AUUUCAACCUUCACAGUCCCACAGUCAAAUUAUUGCGGUUUCAAGGUCGCCAUGGAUUAUUAUAGUUAUCAGCGGGUUCGCCGUUCGUAGUCAUUUAUUCUAAAAAUAGUCAAAAAAGCAUUUUAGACUCCUUUAGCUACCUCACGGAUAUAGUUAAGAGGUUUCGAAGGACCUAUAAACCGUCGCGUCACAUAUACUUAGUGUGAAGAAUGUUAAACCCUGAGAUGUUUCUUGACUUGGAUACAGAAAAUGAUGUUAUGCAAGACACAGUAGUCGCUUUCACUUCACGACACUUGACAGAAGCGAUUGAAGGGCAAGUGUUAUAUCGGGAAAAAUAUCACAAGGAAAAGAUUAAAACUUUAACAGUUGCUCUGGUUAUUUGCCUAAAUAUUGAUAUUGACCCUCCGGAUGUACAAAAAAUUCCACCUUUCUCUAGAGUAGAAGCAUGGGUCGACCCAACCGAUGCUAAUAGUCUACACGCCCUCGGGAAUAUCGGUAAAAAUCUUCAGGCCCAGUACGAACGAUGGCAACCUCGUGCCAGAUAUAAACAGUGCCUUGAUCCAACUUUAGAUGAUGUGAAAAAAUUGUGCCUUAGUUUAAGACGUAAUGCAAAAGACGAUAGGAUUCUAUUUCAUUAUAAUGGACAUGGUGUCCCUAGACCCACCGAGAAUGGAGAAAUAUGGGUUUUUAACACGAAAUUUACUAAAUAUAUACCAUUAUCAUUAUAUGAUCUACAAAGAUGGUUAGGUGCUCCAACUGUUUACGUACUAGAUUGUCAAAAUGCUGGAAGAAUAAUACACAUGUAUGAAGUUUUCUGUGAACGCCGAAAAGCUGAAUGCCCAAUCACUUGCACACUCCAUCACUCAACCCUCUUAGUGCAGUUUUGUUCUCCGAGCAGGACGGUUUGGUCGUCGAGCUUUCAUCGUUCUUCUGAACGACACCAUCAGCACAAACUUCUGGCAAGAGCGAAGUGUUCAAAUUUCUCUGCAUGGGACUCACAGGCAGCUGUAGUUGAACAAAGACAAAUGGAAUGCGAUGGAAAAACUGAUCAAUCAGAAACAUCUCAAUACAAUCAUCAAUCAUAUUCUGGAUCGAAUUGUCCAAAUAUUCCUAAUCAAGCCACAUUACCAUCAUCCUCUACUGUUCAUGUUGUCAGUAUGGAAAAUACAUUUAUGUUGGCUGCUUGUAGUAAAGAUGAAGAUUUACCACAGAAUCCAUAUCUUCCAGCAGAUUUAUUUACUGCUUGUUUAACUACACCGAUUCGUAUGGCACUUCGCUGGCAUUGGUUACGUCAUCAAGAAUAUUUUCCCGGUUAUUUAGAUGAAACUUUAUUAGAUCGUAUACCUGGUUCCCAUUCAAAUCGUAUGUCAUUACUUGGUGAAAUUAAUUGGAUAUUUACUGCUGUCACUGAUACAAUUGCAUGGUGUAGUUUUCCAUUGGAUAUAUUUCAAAAAUUAUUUCGUCAAGAUUUAUUAAUUGCUAGUUUAUUUAGAAAUUUCUUACUGGCUGAACGUAUUAUGAAAUAUUAUGGAUGUCAUCCAAUAUCCGCUCCAUUAUUAUUACCAACUUAUAAGCAUAAUAUGUGGGAUGCAUGGGAUCAUACCGUAGAUCGUGUAAUACAUUAUCUACCAAAAAUGUUAAAAAUCAUUGAAGGUGGUAGUUUGUACACUGAGAAAUUGCUGCCAAUCAUUAAUCCCAACUCAAAUACAGUUGUCAAUCAUAAUAAUAGUGGACUAUUAAUGAAAACAGUUAACAAUAAUUAUCAAAAUUCAAACACCAUUACUACUACUACUACUAAUAAUAAUAGUAGUAACAAUGGUAAUAAUAAUAGUAAUAAUCGUAUACCAGGACAACCUUGUCCAACUGGCAAUAUUCCAUUAGAUGUGUGCACAAAUCGUGAUCGACAUUUUUCUACACAACAACAAACUCAUGCAAUACAACAACAAUAUCAACGACAGGAGAUUCCUCAAGGAAUCCACACGGGGUUACUACCAUUAAAACAAGUCAAAGCAACUGUUCCUUCAGUUUGUGUAUAUCCACCAAAUAAAUCACAUAGUGAUAAUAAUAUUCCUAUUUCACAGCAAACAUUGACGAAUACAACGAAUCCUGACUUGAUUACGAAUUGUAAUGUUGCAUCAACCGUGACAUUAAGUACGGUGUGCAAUGUAACUGUGUCGUCGACAUUCGUGUCUAAAACAACAACAACAACAACAACAACAACGACAGCUAUUACAAAAUCGAAAGCAGUUGUUACGGCUGAUCCUUUUAAAAAUCACUCAACUAAUCAAAUGAUUGAUACUAAUGAAAACAAAUCUCAACUGAAUCAUGAUUGUCUUCAGUGUGACAAUAAUAAUCAUCGUACAGUCAAUGUACUACAGUGUGGAUUGCCUCUUGACUAUCUUGAAACUCAGCAUUAUCCAGUUACUGUUACUACCAUUACUACUAAUACUGUAACUACUGCUACUCUUAAUACAUCUAGUCGAACUUCUGAGUUAGUAUCAAAAUCGAAGGUAUUCAAACAGUUGAACUCGGAUUCAGUUGCUCCACCUCCAGGAUUUAAUAAUAGUAGUAAUAAUAAUGCUGAUAAGCUUCAGUCGCAACCAGUAACAACCAUGUUGGCGGAUUCAGAUCAUCAUCCUACUACUAAUACUAUUGUUGAAUUUAUCAGUAAUGAUACUAAUAAUAGUAAUAAGGAUUUGAAUGAUAGAAAAUCAACCUUUCAUAGAGUGAAAGAGAUAAAUCAAUUAGAAAUUGUUGAGAUUACUAAACAAAAUACUAAUGACGAAUCCCAUUUGACUAAUGAUGAUGAUAAUGAUAAUGAACCGAAAUUUCUCACUACUACUACUGCUACGAACAAUAACGAUUCUUCAUCAAUUGUUCAGCAUACCUUAACAAAAGAAAUAGAAAAGUCUAUUGAACAAGUGCAUGAUGAUCAAGUCUCAAAGACAACAGUACCAAGAAGUUUACAUCCGUCUUCUCAACAACAUCAAAGCACAUCAAAUCCUCAUCAUGAUCAUCAUCAUCAAAAAGAUUCAUCUAGUUUGAACAAUAAAGUUCAAUAUUCUGAACAUGAAGAUAAUCAGAAUAAUGAAAUUGUGUCAACCGGUUCUCAAAUGAAGCAAUCGAAUCAGAUAAAAUUAGAGAGUAAAACGAACUUUAAUUUGAAUAAUGCUAAUCAAGAAAAAAUCUGUCAUGAGAAUAGUGAUGACAACGAUGAUGAUGCUGAUGAUGACGAUGAUUCAACAGACAAUUCUGAAUCAGAUGAUGACGAUGAUGAUGACAUUGAUGUUGAUGAGGAAGAUGACGAUGAUGAUGAUGAUGAUGAGGAGGAGGAGGAGGAGGAGGAGGACGAGGACGACCAUGAUGGUGGUAAUGACAGUGAGGAAGAAGACAAUAGGGCGGAACAAUACAAGUGUAGUAAAACUACUUUAAAUGUUCCAAAUACCAUCGGUUCAACAACAAAAAUUAUGAACACAGCAGUUACAACGGUUACUACUACUAAUAGUACUAAUAGUACGAUUGAUAAUUGUUCUACUCAAUUACCUUUGCAUCCAACAGAAAAUUGUCAUGAAUCAAAUAAAGUUGAAAAUCAACCAUCCAUAGGAAUUACUGACAGUAAAAGUAACCUUAGUAGGGGUAUGAGUAACCGUAAAUUGAUGAAUAAAAAGCAUGAAACACAUCUUUCUCAUAGUAUAUCCUGUUCGGAAUUAUAUACACAUCCAAAUUAUAAUAAUCAACAUACAUCACAACCACAAAUUACACGUCAAAAACAACAACAACAACAACAACAGCAACAACGGCACCAUCACCAUCACCAACACCAACCUCAUUCAAAAUUAACUCAUGAACAAGUAAACAUAGAUACAAAUAAUGAGAAUAAUACUACUAAUUCAUGUCAACAGUUACCACCGGGAGUAGUAGUAGAAAAUAAACAGACAUCAGUAAAAUUGAAAAAUAAUAAUCAUGACACUAUGGUAACUACUGAAAAGGUAACUGAAUCUACUAAAUUGUUAAAUAUGACUUGUCAAGAUGUAGUACCAAGUGAAACUAAUGAUCAAACACAGAAAGAGUUGCAUGUUCAUGUACAACAACAAAAUAUAGAGGAUAAUGUAGUAGUUUCUGCAAUGAAAUGUAAAUUAAGAAAUGAUCCACCAUCAUUAGAGAAACAAACUGAAAAUUCUAAAAAUCCUGGAAACUCACGUAUUUUCACACCAGUGAAACCUCGUCAACCACCGAUGCAUACACAGUAUCCACAUGGUUAUGAAAAGUUAUACCUGUUACCGAAUAGUGGUGAUAUUCAGAAAGUGACUGGAGCUUGUCGGUAUCGAGUUAAUAACAAUCACUACGACAAUAAGUCAACAACAGUAAGCCAACAACUUGAAGGACCAAUAACAACAACUGCACUUCCAUCCACACAGACCAAACCUAUCAAACAGUAUUUAGACUCUAGAACUUGUACAAAAUUACUAAAUGCAAAUGAUAAUUCUAACAAUAGAGUUAUUCUACCGAAUAAUGUUAAUUAUCAAAAUGAACAAUACCUGUAUCCAAGUAAAUCUCUGUUGAAUAAUUAUUCCGACAAGUUAUUACCACCACCAUCGUCUAACCAACGAAAUAAUACAUCAUCAUCUACGUUACCACCAUUAUCUCACUGUCAACAGUCAUUAACUAAUCAACUAGUCAAUUCCACAGUGUCGACGGCUUCUACUACGGCUGCCACUACUACUACCACCACGACUACUACAGUUUUUUCUGGAUCAGUGAUAGGUGGGAGUGGUCCAUCGUCAUUUUUCACUAGUCAAAUGACUGCAUUCAAAAUCUGGUUACAAACAGCUGAUGAACGACGUCCUGUAGCUACACAAUUACCAAUUUUAUUACAGAUUUUACUAAGUCAAAGUCAUCGAAUACGUGCAAUGCAAUUACUUAGUGAAUUUCUUGAUUUAGGACCAUGGGCAGUAGCGCAUUGUUUAACUGUUGGAAUAUUUCCUUAUAUUGUUCGUUUAUUUCAUUCACCAGUUUCAGAAGUGAAACCAUAUUUAGUAUUUAUAUGGGGUAAAAUUAUUGCCAGUGCACAAACUGAAUUCGGUCGAAAUGAUUCAGUUCGUGAUUUCGGUUAUAAAUAUUUCAUUGCUUGCUUAAGUGAUACUGAAAAUCUUACUCCUCUUACUAGAACAAUCACAGCAUUUGCAUUGGCUAAAAUGUUAGAAAAAGAUGAAUCUGAAGAGCCUGAUCCAUUUUUUCAAGAUGUUUAUUUAAAACAAAAUUUUUUACCAAUUGUACAAACACAAUUAUUUGAUAAUACACCAACAGAUAAUGAAGAAAUGCUUAUACGUAUGAGAUUAUGGCUUAUACUUGCAUUAGCUAAAUUAUGGUGUAAAAAUGAUGAAGCACGAUGGUUUGGUAUACGACAUAAUUUACCAGAAGUUCUUUUGGCUUAUUUAAAUGAUAUUUCACCAGAAGUUCGAGCUGCAACAGUUUAUGCUCUUGGCAACCUCAUUGAAAAUCAAACUACUGAUUCAUCGAAACAAAAUCAUGCAGAUCAAAUAAGUCAUGAAAUUGGUGGUCAAUUAGUUAAAUAUUCAUCACGUGAUGCUUGUCCAUUAGUACGUUGUAUAGUUGUUGAAGCAUUUCGUGGUUUAAUUAAACAAUUCGAAUCACAAUUAUGCGCUAUUGGUAUACAAUAUAUACAAGAAAUAUAUCAUAAACAAUCUCAGUCAAAAUCACAUCAAAAUUAUACAAAAUUAUCAUCAUUACAUUCAAUAACAUCAUGUUCAACAAAAAGACCUAUGCGUCAUAGUACAAUAAGUAUAGUUACUCCACCAGGAGGUUCAGGGAACGGUGGAAGCGGAGGUCUACAUAUAUCUCGUCAAUUAGAGUUAACUUCAAAUCAUAUCAAUGUACAUGGUAGUUGGUUUUUAACAAAAUCAUCAAAUCGAGAAGUUGAUCCGCAACAUAAUUACAAUUAUAAAACUCAUUUAAUCAAUACACAAUCACAAGCUUCUCCAAUUUUACGCAAAUCUGUUUUCAAUCCUGGUUCAGUGUUUUUUAUUGGGAGUGUUAAUACACCUAGUACAAAUAUCUACGUUCAAUUUUGGCUUACAUUAGUUCAAUUAGCUCAAGAUCCUUAUCCAGAAGUUUCUCGUCUAGCUACAAUAUUAAUACAAUAUCUUUAUGGAAAGAUUCGUGAAAAGGCUGAAUUUCAGGCUAUUGGUUUCAAUUCACCAAAUAAUAAUGAUAAUAAUGACAAAUUUAUCACGAAUGAUGAUACAACUUUAAUCCCAUCAUUGAAUACAUCAUUAUCUGCAUUGAAUGCAUCAUUUACAAGUAGUAAUACAUCUACGGACAAUGUAUCCAGUACUAUAAAUGAGUUGAAUCGUGCAGCUGAUAACAUCAAUUCAUGUCGUUCAGAAAAUACUUUUGUUAAAGAAUCAAGUUCUAAUUCCAUUACACCAAUUACAACUACUUCUGGAUUACAAAUGACAACUACAAAUCCAUCUUCCAGUUCUCUUAUACAUUCUGCACAAUUCCCAGGUCGACGAUAUCAACAAACUGAUCAACGAUUACGUGUAUCUGUUACAAAUUCUCCACAAUUGCCUAAUACAAUAAUGUCAAAUAACACUGUAACAUGUGGAGUUCCGGCUACUACUACUACUGAUAAUAGCGGUAAUAAUGGUAAUUACCCGUCAUCACUAGAUACUGUACAUACACAGUUUUUUGCUUGGUCUUGUCGAUGGUUUACUCGUCCACUUUUAUCUAAAUAUGGACAAUUGAACAAUGGACAAUCAAAAAGUCAAACUACCUCAAAAAACUCCUUCGAUUAUGAACCAGUCUCAUUGGGUACAAUCUCUACUGAUCCAAAAGCAGUCGCUUAUACAGAUCGUGUAAAUCGUUUAAAGAAACAACGUAAAAUAUCUCAUCUUGGACGUUUACAAUGGGAACGUAUUGCUGGACAAAUUUCACAUUCAUUAGUUACAUCUACUAUAAAUGCUAAUACGACAACAACUACAAUUAAUCGAAAUAUUUCUGUUUGUAAUCCAACACCUAGUUAUAAUACUAAUAAUAACAUUAGUAGUAUUAUGAGUAGAAGUCGUAUUAGUCUUCGUAGUAAUGAUAGUGGUGAUAGUAAUAUAAAUGAUUCCUUAGAUGAUUGCUGUUUACAUCCUGUGGCUUUUUAUCAUCAUCCUCUUAAUCAUCAUAUUAAUAAUAGCAGUAAUGAUACUUUUUGUUCUAUAUCAAGUCAAGUGAAAUUUCAUCCAUAUCAACCACAUUUAGUCAUGAUUAAUUCUGAUCGUAAAGGUGUUGUAAUACAUUCAACAAAAAAUUUAAAACUUUUACAUUCAAUUAAUACAUUUAGUGCAAAAUCAUCAUUAUUCCCUGAGUUUCCUUCAACGAUAGAUGGGUAUUCACGUGUUGGAUGCGUCACUGAUAUCGAAUUUAUAAACGCAGAUGAAGAGGAAAGUUUGUUGUUAACUGCAACAGAUGAUGGUUACAUUCGUAUAUGGCGUAAUUAUACACACCAUCUUGGUCAAGAUCCUGAAAUCUUAACUGCUUGGAAUGGAAUCACAGAUUUAUAUCAAACUGAUUAUCCAGUUGGUGUUGUUGUUCAUUGGAGUCAACAUGCAAAUCAACUCAUGGUAUCCGGUGAUACACGUAUCAUACGUAUAUGGGAUUGUUUAUGUGAAUCAAAAUUAAGAGAUAUUAGUACAGGAUCAGAUACAUCAGUGACAUGUUUAACAAAAAGUAUUGAUAAUCAUUUAUUAGCUGCUGGAUUCAAUGAUGGUGGUAUACGUGUAUGGGAUGUACGUGUACCAUCUAUGAAUCAUAUUAGUUGUAAUAAUAUUGGUGGCAGUAGUAGUAGUAGUAAUGAUAAUCUUAUUUUCAAUAGUCAAGCUGAUACUGCUAGAAUUUUCAAAGUUGUUUUUUCAUCAACUAAUCGAUUAUAUGCUGUUGGUGCUAUGGGUGGAAUUGGUGCUUGGCAUUUAUCAUUUCCAAAUGAGAAUAAUAAUACUACUACCCCUACAACAACCACUUCAAAUACUUCACUUCUAACAACUUCAUUGAAUUCUAGUAAUAAUGGCAGUAGUACUCGUCAUGAUCAUAAUAAUCUCACAAAUCAUCCAUGUAGAUAUAUAUCCACAGUGAUUAGAUCAUCAACAAAUAAUAGUAUUAAUAAUUCUUCAACAACUCGACGAUUUCGACGUUUACCUUGUCCACCACGUUUAUCUUUACCAAUGAAUUCAUCGGUUAAUUGUGCUGAUUUAUUGGUUAAUUUAUCAUCACCACAUGCACAUCUAGCAUUAGCUGGUACUCGUGGUCAAUCAAGUAUUUCAUUACAUCGUAUUCAAGAUGGUAGUCUACAUUCUUCUAUCAAAAAUUUUAAUAAUACUACUACUAAUAACAAUACUUUCGGUCGUGAACAAUUUGGAACUCCUAUUUGUUGUGCGUUUCAUCCAAAUGAGCCAUUAAUUGCAGCCGGUUUCCAUGAUCGUACACUUGUUCUUUUAAAUGUUCAAAAUAAAUCUAUCAAUAAAGAAGUAUAAAACUAAUUGAUGAGUAUUUUAUCACACCAACACACACACACACACUUUGUAUAUGAUUAUAUCUCUUUCUCUUUCCAUUCUCUACGGACUAUUCAAUUAUACUAAUCAUUUUUAUGGUUUACCUACAUGUUUGUUUGUCACCUAAUAAACAGUAAUAGUUGUACAUGAAUUGGUUUCAGUUUGUACAGAGGUGUAGAGAAACCAUAGUUAUCGGUGUUUCUUUUGCUUAUCAUUGUGAAUAUCCCUGUGAUCAUUACUACUAUUAUUACUACAAUUUUUUUGUUUCACUUAUUAUCUAAUUAAACUGAUUACAUGAAUGAGAAUACUGUUCAUUGUUUAGGUAUCCACACACACACAUACACAAAGUGAGAGAGAGAGAGUGAGUAGGAGAUGAACUUGUUGUUACAGUAUUGUUCAUAAUUAUUGUAAUUUAUCAUUUCUCAUAUUUUGAUAAUGAUUUGUUCUAGAGUUGUUUCUCUCUCUCUAUAUAUAGCAAAACAACCCCAAAACUGUACUUGUAUUUGAAAAGGGAAACGAAAAAAGGAUAAGAUUUGUGUCACGGUAACAACAAGCCUUUUUUGGUGGUGGUAGUAGUAGUAGUAGUGGUGGUGGUGAUGAUGAUUACGAUGAUGGUGUAGUGGUAUUUGUAGUAGUGAUGAUGAUAAUGGGGUUGGUGGAGGUAGUAGCGAUAAUGUUGUGAAGGGUGUUCCCAUUGAAUUGAGUAGUUUUGUGUAACAUGUAAAAAAAUCUGUUAUUAUUUUUUAUUGAAGAUUUUAUUUUUCAUUAUAAUUUUUCAGUUUAUUCAUAUAAUUUUUAUUUCCUUUUUCAUUCAAUACAAUUAAAGAUAUUGUAACAGAUGUAAAGUUGUCAUAGCAACAAAACAAACCCUUUGUUUUGUAAAGAUAGAUUUCAGUGAUUGAGUUACCUGUGUAUACUACUUGAAGAGUAAUGUGUUAUUUCAUAUUGUUCUCUACAAGAUUGUCUAAUCAUGAUGAUGAAAGUGUAUGUGUGUGUGUUUGUAUGACAUAUGUACGUAUGUAUAGACACAAGUGUUCUUUUUUUGUUGCUGUUGUUUUAUAGUUAUACCCGGUCUUUCUGAUGAUAUUGCUUCUAUAUAUCUAUAUAUAUAUAUAUGCUUUGUUUUACAAUU